GCCGGCGGCGCGUUCGGGAGCCGCGCCCCGCCCCGCCCGUGUCACGUGGGCGGUGAGCGGCCUCGGGCCGCCUCAGGGGUCUCCCGGGUCUCCGCGGCCUCGGCUGUGGCGCUGGGGCCGGCGGGGCCGCCCGGGACAUGGACUCAGUGACCUUGGAAGAUGUGGCUGUGUCCUUCACCCCAGAGGAGUGGGCUUUGCUGGAUCCUCUGCAGAAAACGCUCUACAGAGAUGUGAUGCUGGAAACCUUUGGGAACCUCGACUUAGUAGGGAAAAACCCUGAAGAUAAUAACACUGAAGACCAAUCCAAACACCAAGGGAAAAAUCUGAGACGUUGUAUCGUAGAUAGAUUCUGUGAAAGUAAAGAUGGUAGUCAGUGUGGAGAAAAUUUCAUCCAGAGUUCAAGUUUAAAUCUGCACAAGAAAACUCCUCUAGGAGUAAAGCCAUGUGAAUGUAAUAUAUGUGGAAAAGUCUUCACUUGUCAUUCAUCUCUUAAUAAACACAUCAGAUCUCACCCUGGACACAAACCUUGUGGCUGGCAGGAUGAUGGAGAGAAGCCAUAUAAAUGUCAGGAGUGUGGGAAAGCCUUUAGUUACCUCCAGUCUUUUAGAAAACAUGAACGGAAUCACAGAGAAAAACGCUAUAAAUGUAAGGAAUGUGGGAAGACUUUCCCUUACCGCCAGUCUGUUCUCAGACAUGAGAGGACCCACACAGGUGAAAAACCCUAUGAAUGCAAAGAAUGUGGGAAGACAUUCAGUACUCUGACAGGCCUGCAAAUACACGAAAGGACGCACACUGGAGAGAAACCGUAUACAUGUAAAGAGUGCGGGAAGGCCUUCAUUUACUUCUCCAGCUUUCGAAGACACAUGAUCAUACACACUGGGGACGGACCAUAUAAAUGCGAGGUGUGUGGGAAAGCCUUCAGUUGUCCCAGUUCAUUUCGGAUACAUGAAAGGACUCACACUAGAGAGAAACCAUACCAGUGUAACCUGUGUGGCAAAGCCUUCAGUUGGCCUGGUUCCUUUCAAGUACAUGUGAGAACUCACACUGGAGAGAGACCCUAUGAGUGUAAGGAGUGCGGGAAAGGCUUUAUUUAUCACACUACCUUUCAAGGACACAUGAGCAUUCACACUGGAGAGAAACCAUAUAAAUGUGAACAGUGCAGGAAAGCCUUCAUUUCUCUUGCAGGUUUUAGAAAACAUGUGGUACUGCACGUUGGAGGUGGGCCUCAUACAUGUGUGGAGUGUGGAAAAACAUUUAACUCUCCCAGAUCAUUUCAAAUUCAUAAAAACACUCACAGAAUAGAAACCCUAUGAACAUAAACAGUGUGGGAAAUCCUCCAUUUGCUGCAUGACUUUUCGGGGACACAGGAGAACACAGACUGCAGAGAAACCCCGUGAAUGUAAAGGACGUGGAAAAGCCUCCAGUCAUCGGGAGUCAUUUCUGAAGCAGUGAAAGAACAUCGUGGCACAAAACCUCUCAAAUACUGGAUAACAGACUGCAACAAGAAGUCAGACCAGUGAUAAGACAAUGUCAAGUGUAACUGCAGUGGAGAUGGCUCCCUUGGACUGUCAGACUUGCCAUGUGAUCCUCCUCUGUACAAGCCAUUGCCAGCUGCUGCCCUCAUGAGAGGCCAAACCAAUGGGACCACCUGAACUUGGACUUGGACCUCUAAAAUCAAGCCCAGUUCCUGAAGGUUUCCUGCAUCACAUCUCUGAAGGAUCCAGCAAAGCCCACUCCUCUGGGUGAAGUUCACGGCCACAUCCUCCAAGGCCACUGAGUCCUAAGACAUCCCAGGGGAGGAUGAGUGAGAUUGGCAGAAAUUGGAAUGCCCAUUGGGAAAUUCACAUGGAAUCUCAAGCCGCCCUGGAAAGGAACAAAGUUGAAAGUCUCUUCUUGAUUUCAAAACUUACUCAGAGUUACAGUAAUCAAAGCUCUGCAACUGGCAUAACCAAUGGAAAAGAGGAGAGAGCCCAGAGACACCCCUUCACACAUGUGAUAAGAUUUUGAGCGAGGUGCCAGGACCAUUCAGUGGGAAAAGUGCUGAGAAAAUGGAGUACUCACAUGCUGAAGUCUAGAGCUGGAUCCUUACCUGGCUUACAUUAUGUAUAAAAAUAAAACCAGCACUUGGCACAGUGAUUCAGACAGUGCUUGGGAAUUGCAGAGUUCAAGUCACUGCCCCUGACCACACUGGGCAGCAGCAGUGAUGGGAGACCCAGACUGAAUUCUGUGUUCCUGAUUUUGGGUUCGACCAGCAUAGGCAUUGAGGCCAUUAGAGGAAUAAACCUCUGUGUCUCUGUGCCUUUCAAAUAAAAUGAAAAUAAUAAUUUAUUAAGAGCGUGAACUCAGGGGCUGGUCUUAUGGUACUGCAGGUUAGCUACUCUGCUUCCAAUCCCACUCCUGCUGAUGGGCCUGGGAAGGCAGUGGAAAACGGCCAAAUACUUGAGUCCUUGCCACCCAUGUGAGAGACCUAGAUGGCAUUCCUGGCCCAGCCCUGACUGUUGCAGCCACUUGGGGGAGUGAACCAGUUGGUGGAAGAUGUCCCUUUCUCUGUCACUGUGCCUGUCACAUUAAUAAAUUUUUUUUACAGAACUAUGAAAUCCAAAUUUAUCAAAGACCUAAAAGUAAAGCUAAAGCUAAGCGUAAACAACUCUUACAGGAAAACACAGGGCAGGGGUUGGUGUGACAGUGGGUUAAGCUGCUGACUGCAAUGCCAGCAUCCUUUAUAGGCACAGGUUCAAGUCCUAGCUGCUCCACUUCCAGUCCAGCUCCUUGCUAAUGUGCAUGGGAAGGCAGCAGGUGAUGGCCCAAGUACUUGUGGCCCUGCCAUCCCUGAGGGAAACCCAGAUGGAUCUCUUGGCUCCUGGCUUCAGCCUGGCCCAGCCCUCGCUGUUGUGGCCAUAUCUCUGUCACUCUGCAUUUUAAAUUUAUAACAUCUUAAAAGAU